UCCAGAGGACAAGAUAUCUAACACCUGAGACAGGAUGAUCUUGUUCCAGGGACCAGCUGUCCUCAAUCGCUGGUCCCCAGUCAGUUUUCCCUCCCCAGACUCUAACCUUAAUCAUUCUGGGUAUGGAGUCAAAAACCGACCUUAGAUCACUGAAUCGAAAGACAGCUCCAUUCUGUGACUUGGUGGAUCCAGUGGGAUUCAGAUGGGAAGCUUGUCAAAAUCAAUUAUCUGUCGAAAUUUCAUCUGAUUGUUCUGAUAAUGUGAAUGAAGGGAUGGAUGAAGCUUGUGUUCCAUCCAUCUCCUCACAGCCCUUCGUAUCAAUAAACAGACCCCCCCCCCCUCUCCCGAUUGCUUUUCUCCCAGAUGUGCAUUUCCAAUGCUAGAGGUCAAAUCCUCUGUCCUGUUGACCACUUCUAUACAGUGAGUAAACUGUGCCUGCGUCCCAACACUCGCUCAAGGCUUUCACCAUCUCCUUUCCUCUCUCCUCAUCACCUACCUACCUAUGUGGAUUGACAGGAAGUGGAUUGGGUUAGAUGUGUUGUGAAUUGACAUUGUUCAGUUUCUUCAGUGGGGAAGAAAGAGAUAAGAGAACAAAAGACCCUUUGAGCUGUUGGGAUUCGUUCAUGGUAUUGUUCCGGAUGGUUGGCCUUGACCAAUUAAUUGUCUUGUAUGUAACUGACAUUUCCAAACACUUCAACAUGUUUAGGUGUGUGUAAAUGCAGAGAGACUGGUGAGAUAAGAUCAUCGCUAGGCCAACACUCAUGAACAAGACUUCACUGUGCGUGUGGGGUUUCCACAGUAACAAGGGUCUAGACUUUUUGUCGUGACCUUAACUGAUGUGACCCUGACUGAGGUAUUUCACUCCAUUAUAUCUAAACUAAGCACCCAAGCAUUGCUGGGUUUCAGCUUUCUGUGUUCUGUAUCAAUGCUAAAUGUGAGCAUAUAUUUUGAUAUAUUUAAAAAUGAGGGAUAUGAAAAGUCUAGAUAUUUUUGGAGUAGAGAAAUGAUGUGUGUAUCAUAAUUGUCACUUUGUCAUGCUCUCAAAAUCUUUUGGAUUUUUUUUUAAAGAAUUCUAGCAUCCCUGCUGAUUUAUUGUUCCAUUGAAAGAAUAUUUAUAAAGUCCUUUGUGAAAAAAAAGUGUGUUUUUAUUAUGUCACGUAAGGUUUUCAUUCAUUAAUGAGACACAUGUUUUGUUGGAGCGGAAUGCAACUGAGACCAGAGUUCAGUGUAAACAACCUCAUGGUGGAGCGGGUCACAUCAUGCAGUUACCUCCAGUGUCCACAAGGAGUCAGUAGUCGACAGCACCCCUACAGUUCAGGACCUGUUGUCGACAGAUCAACUACACAGCCCUCUUCUUUAAACCUCUCAACAGGAGAAGAAGGCACAUGGACCAGGACAACAAACUAAAAAGUUUUCCCAUGUCUUCUAUAUUUUCUAUUUCUAUGUCGUAUCUUGAACCUGGUCCAUCCUCCCCCACCCCCUCUGUCGGCUGUCUCGUGUUCCUCUGGGUUUCUUCCUCCAUAGCUGUAUGUCAAGGAGACCCUCCUUCAAGUGGAUGAUGACCUCCAUCCUGCAGGACUGUCCAGACUCCAUCACACACACACACAGACACACACACACAUAGACACACACACAGUCAGGACCAGAUCCACUGUUCAGCAGGACCACAGUCCCUCUGGUGAAGUCGUGGAGACUAGACUGGUGUCUCUCAUGCUCUAAUAAGGCCUUCUUCUUUUACAUGUGUCUGGCCAAUUAGUUAAUGACCUGUGAAUAUACCAAGAAACGAAAAGGAACUUUUUACGAAGGCUACAGGGUCGGGGCACAAGCGUUUCCAACACUGUUCCAGAGAGGAUUGUCUAUUAGCUAAUGAACACCACACACACAAGGAACGACGUGGGAAUUUGCCUGGAAUCUAAUUCAGUUAGUGCGCAACAGACAGAAAAACGGCUUACAGUGGAGAUCUUUACAUGAAUCUACUGCUCCUUCAUCUGUUUCUGUGGUCUCGCUAGGCUGUAUAAUCACCAUCCACAGCUUACCCACCCUCUGAUGAAUGUAAUUAAUCAACCUUUCCUUCCUAAUCACUCUUGCCAUCUCAUCAGCCUAAGGCCUGGGCUGGCCAUACCGGCUGUCUGGUCUGAGGCAAAGUGCUUGGGUGUGGAAGGAGGCGUUCAGCUUUGCAAACAUCAACAGAAGGGCAGAAGAAGAAUUUCAAGUAUGUAGUUAGGAUCAGACGGAAUGUCUUGUCUCCGGUCAGAGUUAUGAGGGUCUUCCUGGUGGCUCGUAGAGCGCGUACCAUAAACACUAAGGCUAACGCCACACACACAUGUACUCACACGCUUCCAUUCACACACAUUCAGACUUCCUCUUUCCUCCUUCCAUCCGCCAUGGCUUCUUCCCUUCAACUGUCCUCCCUCCCCCACUCCCUUCCUCCCCCACUCUCCUGUCCUCCGUGGAGAAGGCUGAGAUGGGCUUAGACCAGAGGGCCUUAAUCUGUCCUUAGUGACAUCACCCUCCCCAAUGGAUGCUGUCUUCUCCCUCACGGUUUUGGAUCGAGGGACGAAGGGAGGAUAGGGGCGUUCACGAGGAACAGGGAGGAGAGGCAGCAGCUGGUCACAGAAUCACCCCCCCACACACCCGUCCAACCACACACAAAGCGAGGAGCAUGGCGAGGAGAGCGGCGGAAGACAGCGACACCCACAUGGACGAGGCUGUGGACCAGGGCUUGGGCAUGGAGGAGACGGGCCAUGGCCUGCUGCGGAGGCCCUCGCUCAGGGAGACCUACAACAGCGACUCCCUGCUGGCUCCAGACACGGACUUCAUGGGAGAUGACCACAGCUCUGCGGCCAGCGGCGUGGACGUGGUGGACCGCCUGACGUACCUGGAGCAGAGGAUGCAGAUGCAGGAGGAUGAGAUCCAGCUGCUGAAGAUGGCCCUGUCAGAUGUCCUGAAGAGGCUCAACAUCUCUGAGGAGCACCAGGCUGCAGCCAAUAGGAAGACCCCGUCAGGAAGCAAAGCCAGGCCUGUGUCUCUGGCUCUGCCCUCCAGACCCCCCAUGGUGAGCCACAGUGCCGCCCCUCUGAAGAAGAGCACCACGCUGCCCUCUGCCUCCUCAGCGAGGAACUACUCGGCCUCCCCCCCCCACUCCCACCAAGAGAGUCCUGCAGGCAGUGUAAAGGACAGCCCCUGCACCUCUAAGACCACCAGACCUCGGCCCACUUCUGCGGCCCCCACCUGUAAGAAAACUCAUGAGAGCAAAGCCAAGGAGCCUGCAGUAAGUGUAGGGUCAAGGCGUGUGACACACUGCAAAGUGACUAUGCAGAUAUAUCUGAGCCCCCUCACAAGAAGGACUGGAUCUUCUGAGGCGCCCAAAUCAGCACCUACCAUCCCCAACACCCGUCCCACAGAGCCACCCUCCGCCCCCAACCCCAAGGCAGGCUCCAGCAAGAACCAGUCUAGACCAGAGACCCACAAAACAGCCUCGGCCUUCAACCUCCCCCUCCAGAAAACUACCACCCAUAAUACCUACUCUCACAUGGACACACUCGGCUACAAAAGCCCUCUCAAAUCACCUAGCCAGUACUUCCAAAUAUGUUACUAAUAUGUAGGCUAGGAGAACAAGGAGGUUUUUAACGUCUUUUAACGUUUUUCUUUAAUUUUUCCUUGGUAUAGUUAUGUUUAGGAUUGCACAGUGCGAGUUUCUCAACCUGGUGUUAGACAGGACUUCCACAGCAAGCUAGGGAACUCGAUUGAGGACUGUUGAAAAUGCUGUUCGUAUCUUUUCAUGUUUGAAGGCAAAUGAUAAUAGGUGGAAGCUUCUCUACAAUCGAGGGAAAGAGUGACUGUGAAGAAGUCAUGUUGAUUAGGUAUUUGAUUUGAGUUUUGAAUGUUGUUUGCAUUCCCUAACAUAGUAGUAGAUAACACAAGACUAUCUACUACUAUUAUAGAAGUCUAGCACUAGUCGUUUUUUGCCUCCACUUUCAUAACUAUUUAUUUUUCUUAAAACCGAACACCCGUUUUAAAAAGUGGUUUUUACCUUCUCUCUGUUGGUGAAGUAUUGAUUGUCUGUGUGGAUAAUUGUGAGAGUCAGUGUCAGUAGAGUGUAUGAGUGUGCAUUAGUACUCUUCUAUUAGUUUUUGCUUUUUUCCAUGUGUCUGUCAGCUGCUAUGCCAGCUAAUAAACAUUUCUGUUAUCUCCA